AUGGCGCGGCGAAAGUCGAGCGUGCAUGGCGGCGGCGCCCGACGGACUAGCUCGGUCUUGCGCAAGAGCUCGUCCGAAUUGCCCACGGCGUCCGUGUCGCAGCUCAUCGAGACCAACGACAUGCAUCGCACCAUGUCAACGACCAAUUUAAGUCACACAGAGUCUCAAGCAGAGGAACUUCUCCAGGCCGUGAGCAUCCUCGAAAGCGAGACGAGCGAGGCGGCGCAGAAGCGACAAGUCCUCAAACUGUUCGAAUGGUUCAAGGCGCAGUACGCGCAACUAAGUGGAGCGCUGCGAUCGAGUUGCCGCGAGCUGAGGGCAGAGCUUCUCCUAAACGUGACAAAGCUCCAAACUCAGCUCCAGGUCCACGAAGUCGCCGCACAAAACUUAGCCUUCUUCAAAGAGGCCGUGCAUGUGUCGCGGGAGCGCGAGCAAGAAGCCCUCAAGAUUAUCGAGGAGUUGCGCGAAAAGGUGGUCAGUUUAGAAGGACAGGUCAAAGAUUUGCAGCGGCAUCCUCCCCCGCCGGAGAAGAACCCACCAAAGGCAGUGGCGUCGCGUGCUGCGUCGGCAAGCACCCGGUACAUUGAAGAAGAUCUCUCGACAUUCCAUGAGUGGAAAAUUCUCAACAAAGUCUGGAGUCCAUCGAAAUCGAACGCGAGGAAAGCCGACGACUUGUACUGGAACAACACGCCGUCUACAUUGGGAGACCGAUCAUCCGUCGGGUUUCCCGUCACGCCGAUGGAGCGCGCCAUGACGACAGUGCCUCAAUCCCGCAAAAAGCAAGCGUCAGCAAGUUCUCGGAGCAGCCAGAGACUUCCGACAGUGUAA